AUGUACUCUAUAGUUCAACCGUCAGUAUCGAUUUUUAUUGCUGUACAAUGUAAUGAUACUACAUAUAUUGGUUCUAAUUGUAAUAUUUCCAAUAAUAUAUGUGACAUAGCUAAUCCAUGUCAAAAUAAUGGUACUUGUAUCAAUAAUACGUUUGAUAGUUACAUUUGUUUAUGUCCAUCUGGUUUCAAUGGUACUUAUUGUGAACUUGAUCAACGACCUUGUAUAUUACAUACUUGUUUAUAUGAUGGUCAAUGCAACGAAACAUCGAAUAACACAUUUAAAUGUACAUGUGCUAAUGGUUGGGAUGGUAUUAACUGUGAAUCAAUGGUAAAUUUGUGUGACAGUAGUCCAUGUAUGAAUAAUGGGGUUUGCCAACCAACAGUACUUAAUUAUACAUGUAAAUGUCUUGGCGAUAACUUUUACUCUGGUCGCCAUUGUGAAAUACAAUCGAAGAAAAUAAUUAUUUAUGGAACUAUUUCAAAGUCUUCUUCAUAUAUUGCAAUUCUUGCCAUGACAAUUAUUAUUAUAUCUGUUGUAACAAUGGAUAUAUUGAAAUAUUGUUUCGAUAUAGAUCCAGUCGAUAAGGAACGAGAACGAAUACGACGAGCAAAACGAAUCAAAAAUCGAAAACGUCGUGUUAUUCAGCGAUGUGUCUAUGUUAAUGUAUAA